GGGGUGUCUUUCGCAGGGUGAUGGGUCGGGCCCCUGCUGUGUCUCGGCUUGAGAAGGUUUGGUAUCUCAGGCUCCUACAGGUCAUUAAUUCGAUCUAAGUGCAUCUCAUGCUUAAAGAUACCCAAUGAGGAGUCGAGUAGCAUGCUGAGUAACCAUAGUAUCUUUUUGGCACGAGGACAUGUAUGGAUCUGCCGUGUAUACGCUUCGACGGGUUGGAUGUUUACAUGGUGCUGAUGAGUAAUGAACACCUUCGCAUCUAUUUGUCUGUGAAAGCGAUGAAGGAGAAGAUUUUCGUGGAUCUCUUCGGCGCAGAGUCUAACUUCCACGCUGGCUUGGUUCGGAAGGAUCCGGACCUCGAAGAGGAUGAAGGGGAGUCGGAGGAGGAGGAGGGGGGUGAGGAUGAUGAUGCACUCCCUCUUACGGCGGACGAGAAGGCGUACUAUGCGAGGAUGCUUGCCGAAGGUAGAAAGGAGAAGAUGAAGGUGGUAGCAGCCAACCAGAAACCUAGUGUUAACAAGGCUCUUAGACUUAAGGCUAAGACUACCUGGAGAGCCGCUAUCCUCGCCUCGGUGGUGCUCUCACAUAUGAGGGAUAUUAUGGUAAAGAUGGCGUACAGCGUUGUCGUGGACCCAUCCAGGACUGUGCAGAAUAUCCUGGACGACCCGGCGAUUAUGCUCCACAAGUUCCCCAAGACCAUGGCGAGACUCAUCCUUCCUGCCCGGAAACUAGCUUUCGACCGACUCAGCAACAAGGAUUUUGUACCGAUCUCGUUGUCAGCAAAUGAGAUUUUGGAUGAAGCUUCGUCAUCCCUUUCUGUGUUGUUCCCCACCCUACCCACUGGGCCAAGGAAGUUCCCGUAUCUUAUGGCCUUGUACAAACCUCAUAAGUUGGCGUUCCGGUGGCUUACUAAUGCCUCGUUCUCCUUCCUUACCCCUGUUGCCCGCCUGUGUGAUGCGGUGUUGAAAUGCCUCUGCCCCCUUCUCAUGGCUCGCUGCAAGGAGAUCACUAAUGGUUUGAAGGUGUUCUAUGGGGUGGACACUUCGAUUUGGUGGGCAAUAGACUCGGUACAAGACUACUGUUACAACAUCCCGAAUGAAGUGUUCUCCGUCUUCUCUGCUGACAUCACUAGGUGCUUUGAGACGAUUCCCGUGGAUUCGUCGAAGGAUGGCCUCCCAGCAACUGUCUCAUUCUUUGUUAGGAUGGCAUUCAAGAUGGCACCCUCCAGAAAAAGAGGGAAGCUCUGUGAAGUGUAAGUUGCAACGGGACGGAUCAUUCUUUUGCAAGUUUGAG